CGCAAUUACGAUCGAGAGAAGGGCAUUUCACGUCUUUAUGAGGUAUCAUGAGUGAGUGCUUCGGACGACCUAGCCUCAUACAUUGGCUUUCCGAUACUACCUACCUACCCUGCCUCGCAUGCCCUCCGACGCAGGAGAAAGGAAGUGUAAACGACCUUGCUGUCAAGCGAAGCAGAUGACGGGGUUGCUUCCCAUGAGCCCAGAGUGCGACGAGACCAGACCACAUGUGCCGGUAUGUUGUUGAGUUCCCUACUGGGUCGCAGGUAGCUCUGGAGUCCAUGCUAGCGCGAGUGGGCAUAUGCACUCAUCGCACCGAAAACGGGCUUGUCGCCUGCUGCCACAGACUCGCCAACGCUGACUAUAGAUACGGUGGGUAGGUGGGUGGCUGAGUUCCCUAAUGCAGCAGUUGUUGAAGGUGCAGGACCAGUCAGAUGGUCCUCCUGGGUCUACAAGCAUUACAAAAACACGCCUGGAGUGCUUAUCUUCCGGCAGGGAUUAUGGUGACCUGCAUCCGUCUAUUCGAUGCCGCUUUUAGGGAGCAUGCUCUUCUGGGGUUGCUGGUAGAUCAUGCCUCUAUUGAGCUGCUUAGAUGAACAG